AUGGGGCCGACAAACGAUAUCACAGCUCGGGUUGAUAGUGUUGAUGAGGACCCCACGGAGAAGAGCAAUUCAGAGCUCAAUAAACGACUUUUAGCAGUUGAAUGGCACGAAGGUGAAGAGAAACAGAUCCUAAGGCGAUUGGAUUUCUAUCUGAUUCCUUUGGUCAUGAUUAUGUUCUUCACUUUGAACUUGGAUAGAGGCAAUAUUUCAAAUGCUCUGACAGAUAAUAUGAUGAAGGAUCUUUCCAUGAAUCAAGAAAUCGUCAAUACAGGAAAUAGUCUUGUCUACGUCGGUAUAUGCAUCGGAGACAUUCCCGCGAAUCUGAUGAUUCAAAAGGUUGGUGCUGAUAUCUGGCUGCCAUGUCAACUUCUCGCCUGGGGUCUCGUAGCUACUUUCCAAGCUUUUAUCAAGAACAAAUCUGGUUUCCUAGCAACACGUUUCUUGCUUGGUCUAUGUGAAUCUGGAUUUAUUCCCGGCACGUUAUGGUAUCUCACCAAAUGGUAUACCAAACGUGAAUUGGGAAAGAGAACUGUUUUGUUCUUCAUUGGUAGCUACACGGCGAAUCUACUCAAUGGUCUCAUUGCAUACGGUUUGUUGCGACUUCGUGGAAGAGCAGGCUUGACAGGAUGGCAAUGGCUUUUUCUUAUUGAUGGACUCGCCACUCUCACCGUAGGAAUCGCAACACUUUUUCUCCUACCCCGUGAUCCCAGCCGCGGAAACUCCAUCAUCAAACUUCCCCUCUCAUCCUUCACCCCUCGCGAAUCCGAAAUUCUCCUAGGACGACUCGUACGCGAUAACCCAUACAAUACCGAUCCUCGGGAUUCCCAUCUCUCUCAAUUCCAAAUCGUGGUUUCCGUUCUUACCGAUUGGAAAGUUUGGGCGCAUUGUUCGAUGGCGUUGCUCGGAUUAGAAUAUUCUCCUCCCAUUGGAACAUAUUCCCCAUCCAUCAUUAAAAGUUUUGGAUUCGGAACUUUCAAUUCGAAUUUGUUGGUUAUGCCGAAUAGUGCUCUUUUGAUUAUCACUACAUUUACGCUAUCGUGGUGGAGUGAUAAAGUGAAUUCAAGAAGUAUACCGAUCAUGUUUGCCGCAGUAUGGUUACUGAUCGGUUUGAUCGUUCUCGAUACACUCCCCCACACAAAAAGCAACUGGACCUUCUACGCCUUCCUCGUCUUCACCGGCGGCUCUCCCUCCUGGCAUCCCCUCAACGUCGCCUGGCUCAACGCAAACCAACCUACCCCUCGACGACGCGCCAUCGCCGUCGCGCUCUACAUGGCGAUGACGAAUCUGAGCGCCGUGCCGGCGAGUCAUAUUUUCCAGGCGAGUGAUAAGCCGUAUUAUCAUAAUGGGUUUAAGGUGCUGUUUAUUAUGGCGGCCAUGGCGAUUAGUGUUAUGGUGGCGAUGAGGUUUGCGUAUCAGUGGUUGAACAGGAGGAUUGAAGAGGGGAAGGGGACGGUAGAGGGGGGAGAGGUGGAUAGAGGGUUUAGGUAUCAGUUGUGA